UCGCCUUCCAGCUCUAUGAACUAAACCAAACCCUAAACCUAAGCCCUAUCCUUCUACGAAAUGUUAGGACGGACUACCAGGCGCGCGGGCGCAGGAGGAUCUCCUCCUACGCAAUUCCAUACACGCUAUUCAGAUUUUCUCAACUCUUCUUCUCAGCGACCAAACCUCCCUCCGCCGACUACAACAUUUUCAGAUCUUGGCUCGUAACCUGACCAUUCCCGUGAACCAUUGCUAAAUUGGAGUUAAUCACCAGCUUAUUUCACUCCAUACCCAAAUUUCCACAGUCAAUACUCCCCUCAGGCCUCCCCACCUCAAGCCUCCACACCUCAUCGGCCGCGAAAUUCCACUUCAAACAGUAUCCGCCAACUCCUACUACACCAUGAAUGGCCUCGCCAUCCGCUCGAAUAUCAUCCAUACCAAAAAUGCUCAAUCUUCGCUCCUGCUCCUCCUGGACCAAGGCUACAACCUCUUCCUCAAUCUCAACUUCUAGAGUCUACUCUUUACGGCGCAGAUCUCGAAUGUCUCAGAGCCGUACUGCUCGUCAGAGGCAAUCUGUCUCUGCAUACGCGAACGAUCAUCUUAUUAUUUCUGCUAAGGGAAAAAUAUGUAGUUGAAGAAAGAAAGGACGGUUAGAGUAUUAAGAAUUUGGAAGAUGGUGACAAAGUAGAUGGGAAGUCCGCGAAUGUGCAGUAUGCGGAGGGAAUUUCGGUAAAGAACAGAGGAGUUGAAUUGGGAUACUAAUAUAGGCAGAGGCGAAGCUGGGAAUCGAGGAUAUACAGAGUAUCCCGUAGUCAGACAGCCGUAGGCGGGCCAUCAUCUUCGAAAAAGCUGAAGCUGCAUCUAACCUUGGAGGAAUUUGGGGUAGAGAGAGAGAUCAUCAAAUUCGGAGGUCGCUAAGUGUGGUCAGCGCGACAAAAGCAUUAGACCUCAAGAUGGAGAAGGACCUGCUGGUGUUCGUCCUUAUCAGGGUUUAUUUCUUUCCUUCGAGCUACUGCAUAAUACUGAGGGCUAUAUUUCGGUGGGCACAUAUGAGCACAGAAUUUGAUUCAAAUAAACUAAUCACCAUCUAGAUUGACCACAUGCUUUCACAUUUUCAGAUACGAGGCUUCAAUUCCGCAGGUAAUAGUAUAGCUAAGAUUUAGGGGGUCACUAAAUAGAGAAUGCUAAACACACCUGUUCAUUCCGUCAUUCAUGAUGCAUAUACUAGGCAUUUGCAUGCCUAACCGGUCGGGAAUUUCCCAUUUUCGGCAAUCAUGAGAUAUGACAAAAUAAACCCAUCACCCUGAUUUCACU